AUGGGACCCCAAGUCAUUCGAUUGCCCGACGGGCAGCUCAUCAGCGUCACUCCCGUGUUCGCUGGCCUCUUCUUCAAAUCCCACGAGCUCAGUACUCCCCAGCACGCUAUCCCCGCUGGCUGGAGCAUCGUCAUACACACCGAAGAUGAUCACAAGCCCGGCGAUUCUUCCAGCCACGACGCCAAAGAGGGCGACGAACACGGCGCCGAGUCGAAACCAGCCAUACACACGUACACCAAGCCCACGCUCCAGAAUGACAGCCUGUUCAUUUCCUCGGUUUCGAUGCCUGCUAGCAGCGAGUUCAAGCCCGCCGCCAGCCCCACGCGACUGAUCGCCAUGAUGCUGUGGGUUACCCUGUAUUGGUACUUCCACCAGCCCGCCCCUUCGCCCAUCCUACGAACCGAGGCUUCCAAGGCCACGCCCACCGCUGGCCGCCCGCGUGGUGAGUGGAAGAUUCGCAUCAAGAGGGAUGGUGUCCUGCGCGGGAGGAAUCUCAUAGCAAAGCUCGAACGCAUGGGUCUUAUAGCCAGCGCCGACUCCUCUGUCGGCACCGCCUUGGAUGAUUCGGACGAGCCGUGGGCCAACAUGUUUGUCUCGCGCAAGAUGUUCUGGCAGAUACCCGGCCGUCUCUUCCUCUUUUCCCUCCAGCCAAACUCGAAUAACCUCAAGUCCCACCCUGGCUCUCCAGCUGUCAGUCGGCCUGGGUCCCCAGCCGCCCAGCACGGCACCCAGCCUCAGCAAUCCCAGAUCACGGACGUAUCCGAAUCCCACGGCUCCUUGCCUCCUUGUUCCAUGCCGUCCUAUCCCAUCGGUCCUUUCUUCAGCGCCUCCUAUCUCCCGACAUAUUAUCCUCCUGCGCCCCUGCAGUACACAAUCACCAACCAUGUGCGUCACCCCGUCCGACCAAAGCCUCCUCGCAUGGGAGAGGUCUUUUACACACGCUUUGUGCCUUCCGUUGGCCAGUAUCUCGCCUUCCGCGUGGCGUCUCUAUCUCCGCAACCAGUACCUUAUUUCGGCCCCGUUGGUCCGAACCCACCUCAAGGACAAAACCAUCUUACCCAGAUGACGGAUUUGGCACUAAUAGAAGCCUGGCAUCAAAGCCCACGCGUCUCUGCAUUUUGGGGUGAGUACUCGGUCAACUUCUUGACUAAUGCUCUCAAGAGUCGACACAGCUUCCCUGUCAUUGGCAUGUGGGAUGGUGUGCCCUUUGGUUACUUCGAACUCUACUGGGUCAAGGAGGAUUUGUUGGGUCGCUACAUUGGAGGGGAGGCAGCGAAUGACUGGGACCGUGGCGUUCAUGUCCUGAUAGGAGAGGAGUGGGCGCGUGGGAGAGUACAAACUUGGCUUAGCGGUUUGGUGCACUAUGCGUUCAUGGCAGACUAUAGGACCAUGAGCAUGUGUGUCGAACCCAGGGUAGACAACACCAGGUUCAUCCAACAUCUUGAAUACGCCGGGUUUACCAAAGAAAAGGAGGUGACGUUUCCGCACAAACAAGCAUGGUUUGGCCGGUUGAGGAGGGAAUGUUGGGAAGGGCCUGCACUUUGA